AUGUUAAAAUAUAUUUUAAAAAAUUCAAUUACUUGUCUACAGUUGUUAUCUAAAUAUCAAAUAAGCAUAGAGAAGAUUCGAAACUUUUGUAUAAUAGCUCAUAUUGAUCAUGGAAAAUCAACAUUAGCAGAUAGAUUUUUAGAGAUUACAGGAACAAUAACAAAAGGGAAACAUGAGUAAUAUUUAGACAAAUUGGAAGUAGAGAAAGAGAGAGGAAUAACAGUAAAAGCAUAAUCAGCAGCAAUGUAUUAUAAAGUAGAUGGAAUAGAGGUAAAGUAUAUAAUAAUAAUAUGAAAUUAGUAUUUAUAUAAUUUAAUUGAUACACCAGGACAUGUAGAUUUUACAUAUGAAGUAUCACGUUCAAUGAGAGCAUGUGAAGGUGCAAUAUUAUUAAUUGAUGCAACAUAAGGAAUAUAAGCUUAAACACUCUCUAAUUAUAUUUUAGCAAAGAAGUAGAAUUUAAAGAUAAUUCCAGUUAUCAAUAAAAUAGAUAUGACAUCUGCUAAUACUGAAAGUGUUAUAUAAUAAUUAGUAGAUAAAUUUAAUAUGAAUCCGAAUGAAAUAUUUAAAGUGUCAGCUAAAAAAGGAACUGGAGUAGCAGAAUUAUUAAAUAAUAUUGUUACUUUAAUACCACCUCCUUAAGAUCACAAAGAAUUAAAAUGUUUUUUAAUUGAUAGUUGGUAUUUAAGAGAUAAAGGAGUAGUAUUAUUAAUAUUAAUGAAAGGAGGAUAUUUAAAAAAAGGAGAUUAAAUAUUAUCUUGUGCAUUUAAAAAGAAAUACGACGUUUUUGAAGUAAUUAAAUGGAUAUUAAAUUAGGUAGGAAUAUAAAGUCCGGAAAAUGUUCCUUAAGAAAGAUUAGAACCUGGUUAAGUAGGUUAUGUAAUGACAAAUAUGAAAGCAUCAAAUGAAGCUAGAAUUGGAGAUACUUUUAGACAUCCUCUUUCAAAGACUUUGCCUGAAACAGGUUUUGAGUAAGUAAAACCAUUAGUUUAUUGUGGUAUAUAUCCAGAAGAUCCUGAUGAUUAUAAUGAAUUAAACAAAUCUAUAUUCAAAUUAGCAUUAACUGAUCCUGCUGUAAUAAUAUAGAAGGAAAGUUCUGCUGCUUUAGGAAAUGGAUAUAGAUGUGGUUUUCUUGGAGUAUUACAUAUGGAUGUUUUCAGAGAAAGAUUAGAAAAUGAAUAUAAUCUAAGUGUAUUAUUAACAUCUCCUAGUGUCCCAUAUAAAGCUAUUCUUAGAAAUGGUAAAGAUGUUAUGGUAGAAAAUGCAAUCAUGGCACCUGAUGCAGCUGUUAUUAAACAUUAUGAAUAACCUAUGGCUAUUGCAACUAUUAUGUGUCCUGAAGAAUAUAGUCCAUCUGUAUUUUAAUUAUGUGAUGCCAGAAAUGGAAGACUUAUUGAUUCAGAAAAAUAUGAUAAAUAAGAUAGAUACACUUUUAAGUUUCCACUUAAUGAAAUUAUUUAAGAUCUAUUUGAUAAAAUUAAAAGUGCUACCAAAGGAUAUGGAUCCUUAGAAUAUGAAUUUUGUGGAUUCGAAAAAGCUAAUAUUGUUAAAUUGGUUAUACAUUUAAUGGAUGAUCCUGUUGAUGCAUUGUCAUUUAUGGUACCAGAAGAAAGAGCACAUUAAUUAGGAAAAAAAAUAUGUUAAAGAUUAAAAGAUAAUAUUCCUUAACAUUUAUUUGUUGUAUCCAUUUAGGCUAAAGUUGGUGGUAAAGUCAUAGCAGCUGAAAAAAUUGGAAGUACAGGAAAAAAUGUAACUGCCAAAUGUUAUGGUGGAGAUUACACAAGAAAGAAAAAGUUAUUAGAUCGAUAAAAAGAAGGAAAGAAAAGAAUGAGAGAAGUUGGGAGAGUAACUGUAAGGAAAGAUACUUUUAUUAGUGUUUUCAAAGAUGAUUGA